AUGGGACUAACAUUCAGCAGUGAUCAUUCGAAUUCAGCAGUCCACGACAACAAUCAUCAAAAUGGUGAAGAUAAGAAGAUCAAGACGAAGAUAGGUGAUGACAAGUCUCAAAAUCGAUCGAGCAGUUUCAAGAUUCCACUUCAUUAUCCAAGAUAUACAAAGAGUAAUUAUGAGAAAAUGCCAGAGUGGCAAUUGGAUCAGCUUUUGAGAGAGUAUGGCUUGCCGAUCAUCGGAGAUUCUUACGAGAAGAGAAAAUUUGCAAUCGGAGCUUUUCUCUGGUCGCCGGAGAACGACCGCUAG